CCCGGCCCCGCCCCGCCCGCCAUGGCCGCGGCGCUGGGGGACGGCGCGGCGCGGCCGCUGCAGCGCGCCAUGAAGCUGGCCAGCGCGGCCCUGGAGCUGGACGCCGGCGGCCGGCCGCGGGAGGCCUACGCCGAGUACCUGCGGAGCAUCCGCUACAUCGCGCAGGCGCUGCUGGAGCAGGCGGACGGCGGCCCAGCAGCCGGGGACGUCACGUCCCCUGACACCUCGAAGAUGCUGAGGCUGGCGGAGCAGUGCCUGGAGCGCGCCCAGUCAACGGCCGCCGUGCUGGGGAGGACACAGCUGCGGGCAGCCUCGGCUGUGGCCACUCCUGGCUCCUGCCCGGCCAGCCGGCACCGGCGGGUCUGCUCGGACGAAGGCGGGAAGCUGUGUCCCUUCCUGCCGCCGGAGGUGUUCCAGAAGCUGCAGGUGGUCGAGUCACAGAGUUCCAAGAAGGAGCUGACCCCCCUGGAAGAAGCCUCUGUGCAGAACCAGAAGCUGAAGGCUGCAUACGAAGCACGGAUGGCCCGUCUGGACCCCAGCCAAGCCACGCAGAAGACAUCACUGACCCUGUCCCUGCAGCGGCAAAUGAUGGAGAACCUGGUGAUAGCCAAGGCCCGGGAAGAGACACUACGGAGGAAGAUGGAGGAGCGCCGGCUGCGGCUCCAGGAGGCGGCCAACAGGAGGUUCUGCAGCCAGGCGGUGCUGACACCAGAGGAGCGUGAGCUGCGGGCUCUCUACGCCGCGAUCCUCGAGUACGAGCAGGACCACGACUGGCCGAGAAGCUGGAGAGCCAAGCUCAAAAGGAACCCGGGGGACCUGUCGCUGGUGGCCAGCCUGGUCUCACACCUGCUCAGUGUCCCGGACCACCCCAUCCCGCAGCUCCUGCGGAGGCUCCAGUGUGCUGUGUACCGGUCACUCUACCCCAUGGUCAGCUGCUCCCUGCCCCCCGAUACCCGUGGACUGCGGGCCCCUGCAAGCCGGCGUCUCCGGCCCUCUCAGAGCCUUUACUGCAUGCUCUCGCCCCCGGAGCCCAGCGACGAGACCCCUGCCAGCCCCCCCGCGGCCCUGCUUCAGCCCGGCCCCCCAGACAGCAGGGCCCCCUCACCCCCGGUGGACAGCUCCUCCCGCCCACCGGACAAGGACAGUUCGUUCGAAGAUCUGGAGCAGCUCCUGACUGCGGAGCGGCUGGGCGGGCAGCCAGGGCCCCUGGCCACGGGGGCAGCAGAGGAGCCUCUGGCACUGCAGCUGAGGAGCCUGGUGAGGGACGUACACAACGCCAUUGACAGGCUGCUCUCGCUCACGCUUCUGGCCUUCGAAGGCUUGAACACGGCCCCCUCCAAGGACCGCUGCCUGGCCUGCAUCGAGGAGCCCUUCUUCUCCCCGCUGUGGCCCCUGCUGCUGGCCCUCUACCGGGCUGUGUACCGUCUGCGGGAGGCUGCCCUGAGCCGAAGCAUGGAGCUGUUCAGGAACGCACCCCCGGCAGCUGUGGGCAUCCCCGCCCGCCUCCUGCCCCCAGAUCCCACGGCCCUGGGUGCCGGCUCCUACCCCUACUUCUCAGCUACCCAGGAGCUGGGGCUGCUGGUCCUGGAGAGCUGCCCACAGAGGAAGCUGGCCUGCAUCGUGCGGGCACUGAGAGUCAUUUGCGCCUCUGCUGAGGAUUACUUCCGGGCCCAUGACGCUGCCCCCGUGGCUGGGCACCAGCCUGGCGCUGCUGCCAUUGGUGCCGACGACCUGCUCCCCAUCCUGUCCUUCGUGGUGCUGAGAAGUGGCCUCCCCCAGCUGGUCUCCGAGUGUGCCGCCCUGGAGGAGUUCAUCCAUGAGGGGUGUCUGAUCGGAGAGGAGGGUUACUGCCUGACCUCGCUGCAGAGCGCACUCAGUUACGUGGAGCAGCUGCCCCGGGCAGCCCUGGACAAGGAGGGCUGAGGAGGCAUCACCCCAGCGCCACGAAGGAGCCCCCCAAGACUUGUGGCCAGUGGGAACGGACACUGCACCUCCCACCUCCACCCCACUCCUGUAGCAGUGCUGGGGGGGGGGGGGGCACUGGACCAGCUUCUGGGAACCAGCCUGACCUGCCCGCCCAGGGUCUGCACUGCUGCCCUCCACUGAAGCCCCUGCCAGUGAUGGGCAGGGCAGUGGCCAAAGCUCGGUCCAGGCCACCUCUGUGUUGAGUCUCAAUCCCUUCCCAUCCUUCACUGUGGGCAUUAGGCAUCCUGGGACCCCUGGCCAGCUCCCUGGCCUUCCUGAAGGUCAGAGGCCUGCUGUGCACCUCCCAUUCUUUUACAUGCCAGUGGACAG